AUGGCGAGAGAGCCUAGGAAACGCAACCCGAACUUAUAUUGCCACUAUCAUCAGGAUCAUGGGCACACGACGAAAAAUUGUAGGAAUUUAUGGGACCACUUGGAACAGUUGGUCCGAGAAGGGAGAUUAAAGCAACUCUUGUAUCACUCCAGUGGUAGGGCAAGUCAAGCAGGCUCAGAGAUGCGUGGAGACGCUUCUUCAAGACUUCCCCUGGGUACGAUCAACGUUAUUUUUGCUGCCCCAGGGAGGACUGGAUCUUGCCCCUCCAGGGUACUGUCGGUGUUACGACCCCCGGCCGAGGAGCAUUCCCAAGCAUCGAAGAGAGCCAGGGUGGAUGUUUCCCUAAUUCUAGGCUUUUCAGAUAAGGACAUGGUUGGAACCAUACAGCCCCAUGAUGAUGCUCUGGUGGUCACGCUGAGAAUUGGUGGAUACGAUGUCAGAAGAGUGAUGGUAGAUCAAGGUAGCGCUGUGGAUAUAAUGUAUCUAAACUUGUAUAAGGGGUUAGGUCUGAAGCCAGAGGAUUUAACAACCUACAACUCCCCUCUAGUAAGUUUUGAGGGAAGGAUGGUCGCUCCCAAAGGAUUGAUCAGAUUGCUUGUGCAGGCUAGUACGGAUGUGGUAGAGGUGGACUUUAUUGUCGUAGACAUUUUCUAUCCAUACACGGCUAUUAUGGGUAGACCUUGGCUUCAUACCCUUAAAGCGGUCUCGUCUACUCUGCAUCAGAAAGUGAAGUAUCCAUCUAGAGGCCAAGUGUUGGAGAUAGUAGGAAGCCAGGUGGCCGCUCGGCAAUGCCUAGUAGCGGCUAUACAACAUCGGCCAGAGGCAGAGACCUCGGCUACAACCGAUAACGAAUUAUAG